AUGUUCACGGCCUUGUCUGUGGAUGAGGAUUCGGACGAGGACCGAUGGGAGUCCAGUUGGAAGCCCGAUAGCCUUCCUGCCUGGGAUGCACAACAAUGGUCGGAGACUGUCUGGGCAACUGAGAGUGCAAACAAUGAGGAAGAAGUCCAGACCAACGACUUCUGGCUCCUGGAGUACAUCGUCUUCUUCCUGGACAAGCUCUUCCUGCAGUAUGACAUGGACCGGAUCCAGUACUUCGUGGAACACGCCGUGGACAAGCUCACCCUGGAGCUCUUGGCCGACAACGACAUGGGAUGA